AGAACCACGGGCUUCCGCCCAUGCGCAGGGCGACUGAUAUCAGGCUUGAUGAGCUGCCAGGCAGACUCACUGCAUGGCUGUUGACAACCCAGCCACACCACCUCUUCACUGCUACUAGUCUUGACACUAAUGCAUCACUUUCGACUUCCACCUCAUCUUAAUCUGCGCUUUUCCUAACAUCUACAAGGGCAAUUUCACUCAUUGACCCCGGAUCCAAAUAGACGUUAUCGCGAGACUGAUGUGCGCAUUUCUCGAGACGCUGCUGGUGAAACUACAUACCCCUCCAAGCUCACGUCGUUCCCACACCCAGCAAUCCUACCAACAUUCACCAUUGCAUCCAACAAGCAAAGAAUUCCGACUACUUAGGUUCUGUUGCAAAGAUAUUUCUGAGUGUUCAGAAGUCAAAUGUGAACUGCGAAUAUUCGACCUCAAGUGGAUGGGAAGGUGGUCUGGCGCUCCAGCCCAAUAUACUGCGCUUUCCUAUACAUGGGGAACCUCUCUGUCUCGAAGUCGCUUGAUGAUCGAUGGUGCAUAUCUGGAAAUCGGUCCAAACUUGUACGCGUUCUGCAAGGAGUUCUGCCGCAGCCAGGUGUUUGAAGGCGCAGAAUCAAAGCUCUUGUGGCUGACGGCUUUCGAAGCCUCACACUUCUCGACUGCAUCGCGGCCUUCUCAACAGGCAAGUGUCAAGAUCCCUGAGACAAGACUUUCGGCAUGAUGGGGCUCGUUGGAUUCACUCAAAUCAUCCCGACCGAUUACAACCGCUCCAUCCAGGAUGUACUCAAGGAUGUUCUGUGCACCAUCAUCAGUACCCAGUUUG